CCUGAGAGUAAACAUUUGGGGAAGCGGGGUGUGCUGUGGGCGUAUGAUUGUAAUUUGAAACCAUUAUUCGUCGUCGUGGGGUCUGGGAAGACGGUUCCAGGUGGACCGGAGGCUGUGUAAAUCGCGUGGUCUGGCCGAAGUCUCCCUCAGCCUCGAACCGGCGGCGCGGCCAUGGCGAAUCCAGCCGAGCGGCGGCUGCAGAAGGAGCUGAUGAACCUGACCACUGAGCCGCCGCCGGGCGUCACCGUUAACCCAGAGGAGAUCGGUGACAACCUCUCGGACUGGACGGUGACCGUGGCCGGCCCGGCGUCCUCGCUGUACGAGGGCGAGACGUACCGCCUCAACUUCCGCUUCAGCCAAAAGUACCCGUUCGAUUCGCCAGAGGUGGUAUUCCUGCGCCCCAAUAUCCCCGUACAUCCGCACAUCUACAGUAACGGCCACAUCUGCCUUUCGAUCCUGACCGAGGACUGGUCGCCGGCGCUCUCCGUCGCCUCCGUCUGCCUCUCCAUCACGUCCAUGCUCUCUAGCUGCAAGGACAAGAAGCGGCCGCCAGACGAUGCCUUCUACGUGAAAACGUGCAACAAAAACCCCAAAAAGACCCGAUGGUGGUAUCAUGAUGACACAGUGUGAUGCUAAGCGGGCCUAGUGUCGCGGUCGCUUGUCUGUGAUGGUGGCGCCUCACCGCGGAGGGCGAGUGACAUUGCCGGCCGGCCGUGAGCGAGCCUUUCCGUGUGCUUGUCCAGCUUUAAUGGAGCGCCAGCUCGUCAGGCGGCGCCGGCCGCCGGGCCCUCUGCUGGCCUCUGGCACGCGGCGCCGGCCGCCGGGCCCUCUGCUGGCCUCUGGCACGCGUGCGGACAGACACCCGGCCGACUGGGCGGCGCUCUGUGUACGCGGUCCACCGGCGGUCGGCCCGGCGCGAGGCCCGCCCGGACGGGACGCCGGCCGCCCGCACCGCGUCGGCCUGUAGUGAGUUUAAUUAUCGAGUCCCAUCGGGCGCUCGCCCUGUUUGCCUUAGGCUCGUUGCACGCUCAGCGCAUGCCGCGGCAUGGUAGCCAUUCCUCGAUAGGCCUAUUUUAUUUUCUUACCUGUGCAAGUCACCCUCUGCGCGCGAGUGCUGGGGCGUCGUCGCCCGCCGGUCAGGGCACGGUCACUCGCCCAGGCGCUGCUGGCGCGGCCAGGUCACUGCCGCCGGACCGCGCCGCCGCCGGGGGCUAGCGAGUCGGAGUGCCCUGAGGGAAGUCAGGCUUGGUUGCUGUGUGUUAAAUAUUUGUUGUUUCACGCGGUUUGUGGUGAACCCGGUUUAGCCCGUGAGGGAAGUUGUAUUCUGGCAAUCACGCAUUGGACUUUGAGGGAUUUUAAUACUUGAGAUAGCGUUUAGUAGUGUGAUUUCAAUACAUGGCGAGACAAUUCCA